AUGACAACAGACGAGGCGGAGAGUCACCAGAAGAAGCCGAGGCAGCAGGAGGAAGCGGGCCAGGACGCCAGACCGCCCUCACCGGAGAAGGAGCAGCUCCGGCCUCGCAACCGCAACUCUGCUGGUCGAGGCCUCUCCCGCCUCUUCUCCUCCUUCCUGAAGAGGCGCUCGCAGUGUGAGAGUGAGGCGGGAGAGAAGGACGGCAAGGAAGAAGAAGAAGCUAAAGCCCCCAUCGCUGACCCUGAACCUGAACUGAGGACCGAGGGAGAGGUGGCCCUGGACCAGCACUCGGUGAGCAGUGCUGAGGCUCAGGCUGUCCAGGUAGAGAACAAAGAAGCUGAAGAGGAGGAGGGUGGAAAGGACAAAGACAACGACAAGGAGAAAAUAGAGGAGGCUGCCCUGGAGAAGGAGGAUAAGGACAAGGAGAAGGAGGAGGAGAAGGAGUCUGGCCCUGAAGGAGGCAGUCAGAGAGAGGAGGAGGAGAAGAUGACAGAGGAGGAGUCCAAAGCUCCCAGAGCUCCACACCGACCCAAGACCAUGCAGAUCAGAGUCACCCUGCUGGAUGACACUCUCUAUGAGUGUGAGCUGGAUAAACACGCAAAAGGUCAGGAGCUCUUCAUGAAGGUCUGUGACCACCUCAACCUGCUGGAGAAAGACUACUAUGGCCUGGUCAUCUUUGAGAUGGCCACCAUGAAGACUUGGAUGGACCUAACCAAGGAGAUCCGCAGGCAGGUACAAGGUACCAACUAUAAUUUCACCUUUAAUGUGAAAUUCUAUCCACCAGACCCAGCCCAACUGUCUGAAGACAUAACAAGGUAUUACCUGUGUCUCCAGCUGCGGAAGGACAUCCUGCAGGGCCGCCUUCCCUGCUCCUUUGUCACCCUGUCCCUGCUGGGCUCCUACGCCCUGCAGUCGGAGCUGGGCGAGUACGACCCUGAGGUUCACAGCAACGAAUACACUAAGGAUAUGAAAAUGGCCCAGGGUCAGACCAAGGAGCUGGAAGACAAAAUGAUGGAGCUUCACCGCACAUACAGGUCAAUGAGUCCUGCCCAGGCAGACCUGAUGUUCCUGGAGAAUGCCAAGAAACUCUCCAUGUACGGAGUGGACCUCCACCAGGCCAAGGAUCUGGAUGGUGUUGACAUCAUGCUGGGGGUUUGCUCCAGUGGUCUGAUGGUUUACAAAGAUAAACUGAGGAUCAACCGUUUCCCCUGGCCCAAAGUCCUCAAGGUCUCCUACAAACGCAGCAGCUUCUUCAUCAAAAUAAGACCGUCAGAGGUGGAACAUUAUGAGAGUGCAAUUGGCUUCAAACUACCCAAUUACAAGGCGGCCAAGAAGCUGUGGAAAGUGUGUGUGGAACAUCACACCUUCUUCAGGCUGACUUCCACUGAGAUGGCCACCACUCCCAGGACGUUCCUGGCGUUGGGCUCUAAGUUUCGCUACAGCGGUCGGACUCAGGCUGAGACCAGACAGGCAAGCUCUCUGAUCGACAGACCAGCUCCUCUGUUCCAGCGCUCCUCUAGCAAGAGGAACUCUCGCAGCUUGGAUGGAGCCAUGGCAUCCACUCCCGACAAUAAAUCCACUCGUCCAGUCAGCGCCCCCGUUAUGUCACCGGUGUCUCCUGGGGAGGCAGCUCCCUCAACACUGCUACCCACCCUGCUUCGCUCUGACCACCACCACUCUACACCCAGAGGCCAUCGCUCUGCAGACAGGAAAGUAGAAGUGAAGGCAGAGGGUCAGCCAGCAGAGUACACCAAGAGACACAGCCCCAGACCAGAGUGCACUCCAGAAAUCAAGUCAGUGGCCAGGAGAGAGCGGAGGCACUCGCCCUCUGUGACCACCGCCAAUGGAGAGAGAGAGAAAAAGAGCCAGCACUCUCCUCAGGACAAAGCAAAGAUGGAGAUGGUGCGAGUGAGGAAGAAAAGAGCAAAGAAACUUGAGGGUGAAACUAUUUAUAUCAGACAUAGCAAUUUAAUGUUGGAGGACCUGGAUAAGACCCAGACUGGGAUCAUGCGACACCACACUAGCAUCAGUGAGCUGAAGAGGAGUUUCAUGGAGUCGGUGCCGGAGCCUCGGCCCAGUGAGUGGGACAAGCGUCUGUCCACCAACUCGCCUUUCCGCACAGCGAGCAUCAACGGCCAGCUGCAACCAGCGAGAAGUCCCGGUGGCCGGAACAUCCCAUUUGUUUUAAGAGAAAGUCUGCUGAUUUUUACUGAGUGGCUCGAUCUGUAUAAUGUGAACCGUAAAUUAAACAGUUAAUUGGUUAAAUUGAUCCAUACAAUUUUAUAUUUUCCAUGAUUUUAUCAUUUCUUAGACAAUAACAUGUCCACCCUAGAGAUACCAAUCUAAAUACAGUGCCUUCAAAGCAGUGCUGGUAAAUGAUCCUCGAUGUACCUUUAAGAGAUAAUGGUGAGCUCUAUGACUCAUUACAUUACAUUCUCAGAUGCUUUUGCCCAAAGCCAUGAAUGCAAUGAGUGCAUUCAACUCAAUUGGAACAAUAAUUAUUAUUAAAACAAACAACCCCUUUUGCCCAGAGCCCCAGGAAGCAACCCGUAUUUGUGAGCUGAAACACCGCAGCCCCCUAUAGGUUUACUGUGGGUCUGUAAGAUGUUUGUGAACAUUUGAUUAAAGCCCCUCAACAAGUCAAUUACAUGGCUCAAAAGUCAUUUUACAAGAGGCCUUUUCAUGGAAGAUAUUUUAUAUGUCACAGGAAAAGCCAAGGUAUAAAUAAUCAAAUCAAUGAAUUCCAUUCAGCUGCUUCAUUUCCAGGGUCCUGCUAUCGUGCAUGCUGCCUUACUGUCACCCUGUCAUGACUUACUGGGACACUUGAAUAGAACAGAGACAUUUUAAAUGUUAUUAGCACCUGUGCUUUUCUUACCAUGACAAGUGAAAACGUCUGCUGUGAAAAAAGCCAAGCUGUUCACCGAAGCUCCACACAAACAGAUGUUGACAUCUGGGGAGAAGGCCUUUAAUCACACAUGUAUAAUAGACACUAUGUAACCAUAGUAUCAAAUGAAAUAUCAAGGUAUUUCAAUUUGAACCCAGGGUCCUUCUAUAAGACAGGACCCCAAGAUUUGUUAAAGUGCAUAUUACACUCAAGGUCUGGGGCCUUGCUUGCUUUGUAGGAGUCAUACUGUAUAUUCUAUUAUAUGUAUAUAUCCACUAUUUUAAAUCUUCAUUUUUCUAUGGGAGGAUUUUAUUGACAAGACACAUACAAAUGUGUAGCAACGGACAUAAACAUAUUGAUGUUGUCCAUGAAGAAUACUGCAGGUGUCCACAAUGCACUUCAUCAUCUAGAACGACACUGAUCCUCCACUGGGGAGUGCUGUUGGCUUUCUCCAUAUCAUUCCACUGCUUGAGCAUGACUGUAACUGCAGUUACAGAGGAACAAGACACUUUCACAGAAUUUGCUGCUGAGAAGAUGGCAUGUGUGUGUAUAUGUGUGUGCAGGGGACGAUGUCCACAGUACCUGUGUACAGAGUAGUUGGUGGCGUGUAUGAGGUAAACUUGAUUGUGCAGCUUUCUGUCAGGCUGCUGUAGAUCAACACUGUCCAGCGUUUCUUUGAGCAAUAAGAAAUGGCACCUGGAGGCCGUGGCCAGCUGUUACCGAGCAGCUCUCUAACUUCACCAGAUUGGGCUUGGCUACAUCCCAAAGGGUUCAGUAUGCUUCAAACCAACGAGUUUACAUAGUGUUGUCAGAACAUAUCUAAAGGCAUACUUGUUCUCGGAUGGCAACACUUUCACAUUCCACGGUGUAAAGCUUUCAGGCACAGAGAGGGACAAGAUGUGAUGAAACGUACAAAUGGGGACACUUUGGGACGUUUGUGUUGUACUCGGCUGUUUACAUGAAAAGUGACGGAAAUAGUUGUGUGAGAAUUGAAAAAAGAGCUUGUAAUGAAUUCAAAAUUGAUUACUGAUUCACUUUGUGAAGUGAGCGGAUUGUCAGUUUGGAUGCACAAAGACAGCAUCAGAAAGGUGUUUUAGCACUGUUCAACCAUCUGACAACCACUUUGUUUGAAGCAUACUGGCACCUUGUGUCCUGGAUCCCAUCCCCUUUGACCCUAACAUCGCCACCUUCGCUCUAUGAAUGGCUGCUGCAAGCUUUGUCAUCUUGCUUGAUCUGCCAAUGGCUGGAUUAAUCAUGCUAUGUAUUUGCAUGACAUGAUCAGUGAAAUACUGAUGAGCAAAAGAACACAAGAAAACUAAAGCUAAAAAACAAUGAUUAGUGGCCAGAGAACUGACCCUCCUCCUCCCCUCCUCCUCCUCAUCUGUCUCACCCUCCAAUCCUCCCUCUAUCUAUCCAUCCCUGGAUGUCUUUAUGUGUUAUUCUGUGUCUCUGUCUUGUACCUCUGCCACCCCUGUCCUCAUCUUCUUUCCCUUCCCCGUUAAAGUCUGGGCCGGUUUCUCCAGUCAAAUCCCCACCAACUCCAUCCUCUUCCCCACAACCCUCCUGCGUGUUCAGACAAUGACACUGAAGGUCAGAGUGGAUCUCAGACCUCUGAUCUGCUGGUGUUUCCCUCUGGCUCUCGGCUGUCCUCUACCCACAACUUAAAGGCACAGUUUCUAUUCCAGACAUGAGGUCCUGCACAAUAAUCACAUAUUCAUUUUAGAUACUCAAGAAUCCAGCCAUAACAGCAAUUUUUUGCUGAAAGCCUAAGGCAUCAUUUUAGUAAUUUUACAUUAUUGCUGCACGCUAGGAAUUAGGAUGACAUAAAAUGGAAGAAUAGAAAGAGUCUCCAUUGCAUCAUCAUCCACCGGUUUCUUCCAGAUUUUCCCUAAGCUGUUAGAUUCUUACAGGGCUAAACACAGAUCUUGCCUUGUGUGCAGUACCACAUCACCCCUAUUGUGAGCAGUGCACAAUUACCUUAAUUGAAACGUGUUUCAUGGCAAGCGCUUCCAGAGUUCCUGUCAUCUGAGAUGCCAAGAUAAUUGACAGCCUGUUGGUGCAUUCUAAAGGUUUUUCUGUGUUUCUUCCUUCCUUUUGCCAUUUAAGACUUUGCAUUGCCAAAAUGCCAUGCACUAGCUAUUUAGCAAUUUAGCUAUUUAGCUGGCAGGGAGAGCCUUUCCUAUUCCCAUCAUUGAGCAGAUUUAUGUAUUAACCCUCAGUGCGCUCUCUUCCCCUCCUUCCUUCCUUCCUUCCUUCCUUCCUUCCUUCCCCUUGUGACGCUGCUGCUCUGUUAAAGGUGCAGCCUGAUUAGAGCCCUUCUGUCAUCUUUUUACAAACUAUGGAAUCCUGUCAGAGUAACUACUGAUUGGGUUUGAAUGUUUAAUGAACAUUUGAUAUCCUGUGUUUUCAGCUAUGUUGCCAAUAAUACAUCAGUUAAUAGUCCUCCAUCUGCAAAUAUUCUCUUGCUUAUUAACAGUAGAAAUAUUAUGAAUAAAUUCUUAAAAUACCAAUAGUAAUCCAUGCUUCACUAAGCCCCACUCCCCUUAGUUACUGUUGCUACCUCUGUCAAGCUCUCCAUUCUAGCGCUGCUUGUACGCCGUUUACAAAGAUAACAUGCAGAUUCGCCACUUCUAGCAGUUGCGUUCUUGAUUUCACACAGAGGUAGGCCAAAGUAGGUUUCUCAUUUUUAGUCAUGACUAUAGAUUUUGCCGCCGGAAAAGACAAGUAUAGGUAUUAGAUGUUACUAGUUAUCAGCUCUAGUGAGCUACCUAAUUAACUUUAACUGUGAGUUUGUUUAAAAAAGCCACCUUCAGGAGGCCUUUAAAUGUUCUUUGGCUGACUCAAAAAUCAAAAUGAGAACCCUGCAAAAGGUUCUUCAAUAUGCAUUUGAUGUUCACGGUAUGCCAACUCAGUGCCAUGUGAUGAUGCAAAAUAUCAAAUGGAACCACCUGUAGCCACUGCAACUUUGCUUGAAUCUGUAUUGCCUGUACAUUGCAGUGCCUUGAAGCUGUUGAAUGCAUUCAAAUUUUCCAAUUCUAGAAAAUGCAUCCUUCAGGCAAAUUGGAUGGCAUCAUUGUAACACAGCUAACAAUCUAACUGUUGACGACUAAACACAAUUCAUAUACAGCAACCAGCUAUAACUAACCGUUGGCUACCUAACUGGCUAGUAACAGAAUAUCUCUGCUAAAACACUCCAGCUCACAGGAUCAUUUCUCUUAUGUGUUAUGGUAAUCUUUUUGCAAAAGAGUCAAGAAAAGGCGAUUUUCUUCUUUAGUGAUACCAUCCAACAAGAGCAGAGAUACUACAACGAAAAUGCAUAAAGGUGAGGUUUGAAAACAACCUGCUGCAUGUAAAAAAAAAACCUAUAGCCAGAGUUAUCUGGGCCUGUAGUCGUAGAAACUUAAAAGGAUAAGUUCAGUUUCUUACAAUUACUAACUCAACAAGUGAAAUGGUGAGACCUACGAAAAGGGCAACAUCACUAAAAUGAAGUCUAAAGCUGAAAACACACUGCCGCCUUAGCACCAUCGUGCUGUGCUGCAGCUUGUCAACAGAAGACCAUACUCAGCGCAGGAAAUACCAUGCCAAACGCAUGGUAUUUAACUUUAUUAAUAACAGUCAAAAAGACAAUAAAAUGGCAUGGGUGAGUUACCUAUUCUACAAAUGUAUAAAUGUAUAAUCUGAGCAGUAAGAUCAUGUUUUGAAAGCAGCAGAUCAACCAACAUACUUGGUGGGCUACCAUAUACCAAUUUCACUAUUUGUUUUCCGACAUAUAGCCUAAACUUAAACUAUGAUAACCAUCUUAUUCCAAAGCUUCUACGGCAGCCUGGAUCUACAAGCAGGGAACAAGUGGGUUUUUUCAGGGCUGGUGAGGCUGGAAACAAGCCAGCGGCAUUAUUAAUGCCGCAGGGUGGUGUGGGGGGGUCAUACAUAGAAAAUAAUAGCAGUAGCUGUUUUGACACGCUGUUCGGCGGUGGUGUAUUUUGGCUUUAACAAGUCAAGAAAUACAAGCUGUCGGAUGACCAGACAGGUUGGAAAUAAGCAUUUGAGUUUGAUCUUACUUAGAUUAAGGCUUCCCAAACUUGUCUGUUCAUGUUUUUCUGUCAGACAACACUGUCGCGGAUUUUAGUUAUAGACCCAAAUGCAGAUAGACUAGGGAAGUAGAUUUACGUGACGAGGUAUUUUCAGGGAUAUUAGGUGGUGAUAAUGUCAGGGGUCAUAUGGAGCAGCGGAGACUGAGGGUAAGAGGGCGAUGGUGGGUGAUUAAGCAGAACAGGCAAAGUGAAGGGUGAGCGUGGCAGUUGUGGGAGGAGCUGGUGAGACAGGCUGGUAAACCGGAGGAGAUGAUCCUGGAGGCACAGGGAGAACAGGUAAAUACAGGCAAGGGAUAAUAGUAGGAAUGAACUCAGAAUACACUGAGCGGCCCAGAAUGACUAAACUACCACUGUGGUUGCAACAAGGAUCUGAUGAUGAGUGGAUGGAAAGCCGGGGUAGAUAUACUGCUGAGUUGAUAAGAUGGCAGUUGGGCAGACUGGACAGGUGAUGUUAAUGAGCCGUAAUCAAGAGGGAGCCGGGAGGAGAAAAGGUAGGAGCCACGCCCACACCACACACAGAGACAGACUGAGGAAAUACAAGGGACACAGGGGUAGAGGGAAACACAAGAGGCACGACCUGGCCGUGAUAAACACCACAAACAAUUUAAUUUUGAGGUUGUGGGACAUCUUGCAAAACCAUGUUCCCUCUAUGCUACAUACCCCCCAGAGCCUCCCUUUCAUGUACCUUCCCUACAACAUCCUCUUCCUCCAUGCCCUCAUCCUUCUGUCAGUUGACCAUAUCCCACUUGUCUGUUCAUUGUUAUCUGUCUCUCUUGGUCUGCCGCUGCUGAGCACAGCGAGGGAGGCAGACUCUGUUUGGACACAAGGUAAGAGCAUGUAGUUUGUCCCCAGCGCCAGUGGGACCACCGGCGUACAGACAUGGCUGCCUGCUGGAAGACUAUGAGGACAGUGAGGUUGGUUGGGUUGAUGAUGAGGAGGAAGAGGAUGAAGAACAAGCUCAUGGUCACGCACUAAAGGUGGCUAUCAAUGUGCCAGAUGAGGGGAGGAGCUUGGUUAACCCAAGUGAGCUAAACCCAGCCAGGCUCAAGCAUUCCCGGAUGUCUUUCUUUCUGUCAGGGCUGCUGGUGAUGGCCCUGACCAUGCUGUGGCUAGCCUUCAUUUAAAAAGACAUAAAUAUGGAGAUCCCUCAACAUUUAAUCCUGCAAGGUGCUUCAUUCAUGUACUGUUUUGUCCCUCCAUGUGUUCUAUACUUCCCAUGCUCCUCAGUUAAGCUUAAAAUGGCAAGACUCCCAAGAAAUGUUUGUCUUUAAAGCGAGCCCAUGUACCUUUUGCUGAACUGUGGCUACAAGUGGCAAUUGGCCCUUGCUAAGCUCCGUCCCAGCUUAGUUACUGUUGCUAAGCCUAUCAAGCUUUCUACAUUGAUAAUGGUGGCAGAUUUAUCAGUGACAAUUUGUGGUCAUUUUUGAGACAGCGGGUCCAUUACGACUUGCAAAAUAGUCCAUUUUAACCAAAACCAUUGAUUGACUGAAAUAACUCUCCCACACAGCUAGCCUACUAAUUAACUUUACCCGAGGUGGUUAGGAUUGAGUCUACUGCUGACUUCUAUUUGACCAAGAAUACCAACAUACACAAUACUUAUCAUGCUAUAAUCCUGAGGCUAAAGCUACACAACCCAGGCAAAAAGUCAGUGUCGUAACCAGUCAUUGAACUUAAUGACCAUGUAAAAGACAAAUGACUUUCCUUGCUGUUAUGGGAUAGCUAGUUGCCAUAGCAAUUCCGUACAGCAUGAUAGGUUCAAAUAAACAAAGUUGCUCCAACAUAACCCUGUUCAGAUGCUUGCUAGAGAAGAAGGUAUUGGACAAGCAACAGAGGUUUGAUUUAUGUUACAAGAGGAAAGGCUUUUGGAGGUGGAAAUUAUGAAUCACUUGGCUGGUUUGACUCGUUUUGUUCAGGUCGGUUUAAAAAUUCGUAGUGACUGACCGUAUAGUUUGUUCACUUUUUUCCUAAACUAAAGUUUAUACUCGGCGUAGUGAAGCACACGCCAGAAAA